AUGCCAUCCCAUCCCGAGGAAAGCCACCAUGUAGAUUUGGUAAUCCACAUACUUACAGAACUCGGAUUAUCCGAACAGUCAACAUUCAAGAAAGUCGAUCUUGAAUGCCUUGGGGUCACAGUCGACAGGUUUGAGGCUACAGACUCCAAUUUUCUCGAUGAUAGAAAGAAGUGUCUUUUCAAGCCUUUUCACCAGAAGCUCAUCAAAAGAUGGAAGAUCCCGGAUAGCGAGGCCGCGUACGAAUCUGUGCACGACCCCCUAGAUAUCCAAGAUAUGGCUCGAAACUCGCGCCUUGCUUCCAACCCAAGCGAAUCUGAGAUAGCGGACGCUACAGCGGAUGUUAUUGCAUAUCUUACGACAAAUAUCACUUUUCUACGCGAAGGAAGAAGUAAGAUACCGUUGGCGCAGCAGCUUGGGUGGUCUGAUAUUGACUAUGAAGAAUUUACAGGCGGACACGGAGGAUUACUAUCAUCAACGCCUGGUAGAUAUAAAGGGAAGAACUUCCCUGGUUGGGACUUCCAGUGGCUACAAGAAUGGUGGACGAAGGACUCAUCGGAGAAUGAUAUAUUAGCUGGACCCUCGGCUAAAAUACUCAUUUUCACUGAUGGAAUUGGCAAGGAGGACCGAUUACUCCUUAGUGAGUUUGGGGCAAUAGUUCAGGUGAUCAUGUUUCGCCGAAUACAGCCCGAGUUCAAACACCACCAUAUCUUCCCAGUCCUAAUGCUCUCGUUCUUCGGGCCUCGACAUGGGAGGAUCCUCCAGGCCUGUUACGAUUCGCAUUCUCAACAACUCGAACUACGCAUCUCACCAAUCUUCAGUUUUCUCGAAAAGGACAACGAGUCUUUCGAUCUCUUUUUACGAUUCAUGGCAAGCUCCCCGCCUGAGAUAAUGGAUCUUGACCUUUCCGAACUUUCACUCCAAUCACGAGCGACAACACGAGCUGCUGCAUGA